AUGGCAUCGCAAUCGAAAACCAACAAUGGAAAGUCUACCGCUGAAGAUAAGACUCAAAUGAAAAGACUCAAGUUAGAGAAUCCACCCAGAAGCGAUACUAGUGAUAAAAAGGUAUAUCCUCCUAUGAUUGACAGGAGCUCCACCUGCGGACACAUCGUGUCUAAAGGUAAAACGAGUGAUGAUGAUGAUACAUCAUGGAGAAGAAAGCUAAAUGCUUUGGCCAUACUUGGCUCUGCUUUACAUCUCUAUCGACAUGAUAAAUUACCAUUGUUGAAAGGCACCUCGUUCACGUUGGUUGAUCGGUAUUUUCGUUGUAGUAGACCCGAGCUCGCACAUGUUCAACUGAAGCAUCUUCCCGCAGGCUACCAAUUUGAAAUAUCACCAAAUAUCAAAGGGCGACUAAAAGUGGUGUCUUCGGAACCUCUGAAAACGCGAAAUAAACGAUCUGUAUACAGAAGUAUUGAUUCAUUUAUACCUCACCUUCUUUGGUUGGAAGAUUCUCGUAAAACUGGAAAAAAACUUGACUAUCAGAAAUGUGAAUGUCGUGUUUGCACGGAAGAAACCAAAGGGAUUAAACGAAAAGCUAUUGAUGGAAAAGAAAAAGCAGCAAAUACAACAGUAAAAAAAAUUAACCUUGAAGUGAAGAAAAAAGCAAAGAAGCAGAAGCCUUUGACAUCCAUUGCUGAAAAAGAGUGCGAUGAUAAUAGAAUGAUCAAGGAAGAAACGGAAUCAAUGAGAACAACUGUGCGUAUAAAAAUGAAGGAAGCUGUGAAAGAAGAGAAGAAAGGUGCAGUGAUACCUUUUCUAGGCAGUGAGGAUGAAGUAAUCCAAUUGAUACCAGCAACCAGAGUUCUAAUCGAACCGCCAUCGAUGGUUGAUUAUCUCAUGCAAGAUACCAUACAUAUACCCUUACCCACUAUUCUAGCUCCAGAUAACUCUUUAUUAGAUGCCGCUAUUUCAAACGAAACUCUUUGA